GAAUGCUUGGUCUAUGGUAUUCGCGUCGUCGUCUCCACAUGUCUCGACUACGAUUGGUCGACUCGUUCGCCGUUAGUAUUCCCGCGUGCUCUGCCCCGACCCGCAGCAUGCACCGCGAAGUAUUCAAAUUCGAUCACUGAUAUCUCCCUCGUACGCGACUGUUGAUUAGCUCAUACGGCGUAAUCGCCAUUCGCGCCGGCACCGCCGCACGCGCGCGGUACACGCGCGCGCCACGCCGGCGAUAAUGCGAGCGUUUCCCUAAAGAAAAGAAUAAACACACACGGGGCAAGCAGAGUGCGCGGCGGUGGCCGGUCUCGAGGAGCAGCGGCGGUGGUGGCGGUGGCGACGACGACGGCGGCGACGGCGGUGGCGGCGACGGCGGCGGCGGCGGAUCGUGCGCUCGGACGCAUCGCCGUGAUACGCGUUCUCGGCGAGCAACACGGAGUCACCGGAUGGCAUCGCUUCUCAUCACCGGCGUCGAAACAAGUGUCUGUAUACAAGAUGGCGGCGCCCGGGUCUCUCGCUGUCGUGAGAAUCGCCAGGAAGUAGCGGCGAGUGGCGGUGAGCGACGUUUCGUGUGAGAACGCGACGAGGAGGCGGAGGUCAGGGAGAGCGAGAGUGCGUGCGUGCGUGCAUUUUUACCGCAGCGACGGCGACGACGACGAGCUGACGACCUGACCAACGGAGAAGCAGCCAACCGUCCGACCGACCGACCGAACCGGUGCGGUGCGGUGCGGCGGUGUAGUGCGCUGCGUUGCGCUGCGGCGUGGCGCGGUACGGUGCGGUGCGGUGCGGUGCGGUGCGGUACGGUGCGGUGCGGUGCGGUGCAGUGUGCGCCUAGCCCGGGUAGAGCGGCAUCGCAGCGAGCCGAGCAUCACAGCACAGCAGCAGCAGCAGCGGCAUCGACAGCAGCGGCGGCGGCGGCGGCAGCGUCGUCGUCGUUGUUGUCUCCUUGUUGAAGGAUGCGGCCCGAUGAGCGAAGGAGAAGGUAGGCUGCUUGAGGAGCCUCCUUAGCCCGGCGGGUGGUUAGCUGGCGCGGCAGACGGCUACGCAGGUACGCGACGAAGUGGGCUCCUCGGGAUUGGAGGAGAGGGCUGGCCAACGUAGUUGGCACUGGCGAACGUUGACGACGGAAGGAACUCGCUCCCGGACGCGCGGUCGUUGUUCGCUCGGCGUGUACGGACGGCGUCCAUCAUAGUUCUCGCCUGUCCGGGUGAGUGCGUGAGGUCGGUGGAAGUGUGACGGCACAUCGUGCCGUCGUGCGUCGUCGUCGCCCUGCAGAGACUCGCUCGUCGUCGAUGCCGUCGACGGAAACGAAGGACGGAGAAGGACGCGUGUGAGCUUCCUCGGGAGGGAGAGAGACAGAGCGCGCGCGACAGAGUGUGUGCUAGAGAUAGAGAGUCGCGUCGUAACGGCGCUGACGAUAUCGGCGACGCGACGACAACGACGACGACGACGACAACGACAAAAAAGAAGACGAAGACGGCGGCGGCGGCGACGACGACGAUGAUGACGACGAUGGAGUCGAGAGUGAGUUACGACGAGCUUUGUCGCCUGUGUGCGUCCUACAAUGCCGCCAAGGUGGACAUAUUCGGGCCGGACGGCAAGGAUCGUCAGCUCGUCGACAAGAUUCAGGCGUGCCUACAGUUCAAGAUAUCAGAGGACGAUGGCUUACCGAAGUCUCUGUGUCAUAGAUGCGUGUUUAAUUUGGAGAAUUUUUACGACUUUAGAACUGCUUGCGUCAAUGCAGUCGCUUUAUUAAAGAGAUGUCAGCCACCAAGAGAAGCGACGAACGAUGACGAUGCAGAUAAUGCCGCACAGUGCGACGAGAUGCACGCGGAGUUUUUCAAGGAGAAGAAAAACACACCAGUCCUUAUUCCGGAGGCACCUAUAGUCAAUCCUAAUGCAGCGUUAGGCACACCGCCGAGAUUGAAUUCCGAUGGCGAGGCGGACCCCGAGGUCGAAGAGAUCCUCGACACGAGUGAGGGCACAGAUGAAGCAACGGUGGUCGACGACUCGGAAGAUCGAAGGUCAGAGUACGAGUACGAGAUGGACAUGGAGACGAAUCCCAGCGACUUUUUGGAGAUGACGCCGAUGGUAACCGAGGAUAACGAGGAGUGCGACGCGAAGAACGUCGCCGCGCCGCCUCAGGACACCGCUACUGUUUUUCAGCACACGUCGCAACAGCACGAGGUCUAUGUCUGUUCUCUGUGUAACAAGGCCUUCAGCUCGAAAGGACAUUUGUCCUUGCAUGCGAGGAUCCACGUGGGUGAGGGCGACGUGAUCGGUGAGAAAGUUAUCACUGACGAUCACACGUCGUUCAAGCGACCAUAUCAAUGCGAUCUUUGUCACAAGUCGUACUCCACCGCGAAGCACCGAUGGGGACACGUUUCUACGUCACAUAGGGGACAUCCUGCUGUAACAUGCGGAUAUUGUUCGCGGAUAUACUCGACGCGGAUAAAUCUUGAGGAACACGUAAAAUCGCGCCACGCUGGUCUACCAGCGCCUGCGAACUUACCGGUUUCGUUCUUCCGCCCGGAAGCGCGUUAUCAAUGCAAAACGUGUUCAAAGGUGUUCUCGGAUCAAGCGGAUUUCAACGCGCAUAGCCAGGUCUGCACGGAGGAGCAGCGUAUCGCUUUGCUGGAGAAAGUCGAGCCGCAAAACAAUAAGAGCCUGGCCGACACGUCCGAUAUCUCCAGCAUAGAUACGGAUGACGAGAACAAAGACUACAGGAACGCUGAAGCUAAACUAGCCAAAAAUCCACAGUUGACUAUACUGAAGCAAGCGUUGACUAAAGGCGAGAGUCUCAAACGGGACUACGACGAUAGCUCGACGUCCGAUUGCAAGCCAAGGAAAUUAGCCAAGACGGAUAAUUGCGAAGCGAAUCCCCAGAAGAGAUGGUAUUGCGAAGCGUGUCCGCAAAGCUUCACAUCCGUAGACAGUUUGAAGGAGCACGAGAUCACGCACGAAGCUGAGAAGCCGUUUAUUUGCAUACUGUGCCAGAAAGAUUUCGUCGUGAAGUCAUCGUUGAGCAGGCAUAUUGUGACGAUGCACGGUGUUGAUCCCAUGCCCAUUGUUGACAGCGAUAAAUGCCUGAAGAAAGUCGUGAUGCCUCAGAAUUGGAACGAUCAGAUGGACGUCAGCGUUUAUGAGCAGGACGAGAUGAAGGAAUCGCGAGAGUUUUCGUCGUCGCCUGAGGAAAAUUUGGAGAACGAUGAGAAGGAUAUUAAAAACAAUCACGAGAACAUGAUAGAAAUAGAAACAGUAUUUGUAUGCGAAAUUUGUACGAGAGAUUUCAACGAUCGCGCCUCGUUGUGGUUGCACAUACGGGCGACGCAUAAGGAAUUCGCGGCGUUCGCCUGUGGAGUGUGCUUGAAGAUUUGCUCCGAUAACACGCAGCUUCAGAGUCACGUUAAUAUGUACCAUGGAGGAUCCAAACUUUUAAUAUCCGAACAAAGAAGGUACAGCUGCACAAUAUGUGGUAGACAGCAUGACUCGAGGAAAAAGCUAAUUGCUCAUGUCUCGAUACACAACAUCGAUCCUUCGUACGAUCCAGCACAUUUUGUACAGUUAAAUAGUAAUUAUUACAACGAGAACUUGAACAUUAACGAAGGGAACGAGCAAAUGUUGGAUUUCGAUGGUGAGGACGGCGAGAAGGUCGAUUGUUAUAUUUGUAACAAGUCAUUUCCGAACGAGGAUCAUCUCAUACGACAUCAGAGGAACGCCCACAAGUCUGAACAGGUAUUUUCGGAAGAUGUUGCGGGAAGCGGGGGUGUAUUGAGCGUCAACGGUAAUGGCAACAAAGGGCAGUUCCAUUUCUUUUUUGUGUGCGAGGUUUGUGGCAGUCCUCAUUCCAGCAAAUGGGAACGUUGGUUGCACAUCAACAGCAUGCACAGCGAUGUAUCCGCCAUUAAGUGCGAAUUCAAAGAUUGUGGAAAGAUAUUCGCGACGAAAUUGCUACGUAACGAGCAUGCCCAGCACCAUGUGCUACAAGGCGCCUCGCCGAACACUUGCGAGGUUUGCGGGAAACUGUGGGCCACUCGGGUCGAUUAUUGGAAGCACGUGAUGGGAGUACAUUCGGACACAGUGCCUAGGGUUUGUGGUGUUUGUCUAAAGAUAUUUUCCGACGUGGUACAGUUAAGCAGACACGUAAAGGAGAAACACUGGCCGUUGACCGGUGGUGAUUUUUGCUGUGAUAUUUGCGGUAGGCCCUAUUCCAAUAAAUCAAAGAUGUCCCGACAUAGGAAGAUCCACGGCUUGGAGGUGGACGCGUGUGAUAAUAGCAGCAUUAAUGAAACGACCAACGAAUCGUCGAAACUUGAUCAUAACGGUGCCGCAGAGGUCGAGUUGAGUUGCGACCAAUGUCCCGACCUCAAGUUCUCAACGCUAGAUAGUUUGGUCAACCACAGACGCUUGGUGCACAGUCUGUUCCCAUGCGACCUGUGUAACAAGUGCUACGGCCGAACAUCGCACUUGUGGAAGCAUGUGAACAGGGUACACAAGGGUCACACGGACGUUACGUGUCCGUACUGCAUGAAGACCAGCGCCUCGAGGGAUCACCUCAUGGCGCAUAUCGCCAAGAUUCACAGGUACGAGCUCGACGUGAGCAAGAACCGUAUGAAUUGCGUCACGCGCAAGUCCUCCAGCACCGAGGACGGUGUCGUGCAUUACUGCGAGAAAUGCAACAAAGGAUUCCACAAGCGCUAUCUGCUCAGGCGCCACAUGAAGGGCUGCCAGAACUACCGUAAGGACCCCGGCGCGUUGUUGACUCGUUGCCGGGCCUGCGAGAGAAUAUUCAAGGACCGUGCGAGUCUUCAGAAGCAUAUCGAGAAUCAUCACAGCACGUACACCUGCCACUUAUGUAACGAAACGAUCACGUCUAAAUUGGGCAUUAUGACGCACAACCGCGUCAAUCAUAUGGACCACCCGGAUCUGACGUGCGAACAUCCGAGCUGCAAGAAGCUGUUCCGCACUAAGGAGGACCUGGAGUCGCAUCGAAAGGAUCAUAAGCACCACAGUAACCUGAACGUUUGCGACUUCUGCGGCGACACCGUGGAAAACAAGCUGAAGCUAAAAAUGCACGUGCUGUCGUUACAUCGUAACGAGAUCGGAGUAUCUUGCGGCGUUUGCUUGAUACCCAUGAAGGAUCCUAAGGACCUGAAGAAGCACGUCGAGACGGAGCAUAGCGGCGUUCUCUCCAAGCCGAAUACGUGUCAGGUAUGCGGCAAGCAGUACGCGUCCAAGUGGAAGGCUUUCGACCACACCAAGAAGUGCCAUGGCAAGGUCUUCCUUACGUGCAAACAGUGUCUGGCGGUCUUCACGGACGAGAACGACAUACGCGAGCACUAUGAGCACACACACAAUGUUCCGAAGGACCAAUUAGCCGCGUUCGAAUAUAGGAUGGACCUCGGGGCGAAAAGGGAGGGCUACGAGACCCCCGAUGCAUUCGUGAAGGAGGAGCCGUACGACCUCGAGUUCGAUGAAGAGUUGUGCGACGAAGACUCGAACGACACCAGAGGCAAGCGACCGGCGAGCGACACGUACGACUGCGAGAUGUGUCCCGAGAUGUUCCUCAAUUCCGAGACCCUCUCCAAGCAUUACCAGAACGUCCACAACACCGACCCGGUGCGUAUGUUCAAGAAAUUCAAGAAGGACAACAGCAAGCGCAAGAUGAGAAACAGGAACAACUUUGAGUGCAAGAAUUGCAGGAAGCAAUUCUCCACCAAGGCCUUGUUCUGGAAUCACAUCAGCAUAUGCACGCGACGGGGCGUUCUUGAGCGUAGACUGGACUCGCCGAACAACAACCCGAACUCGAUCUUGGAAGCGCACUUGAAGAACAACAAUCAGAUCAAGCGAGAGGAGCCGAUGUUGCCAACGAACGAGUCCAACCUCAACAUUCCCGACUUCAACUUGUUCGAGGACAUCAACAUGCAGCUGUCGGCGCAGAAGCCAGUGCCGAAUCUCAUGCCGUUGUCGCACGUGAGGCCUACGACUGGUAAUACGCGUCAAUGCUCGCGGAAGGAUUCGCGCAAGGUGUACGAUGAGAAGACCAACACGGAGUGCACGUGCGAGGUCUGCGGCAAGCAGUGGCCAGCCAAGAAGCACUUGUGGCAACAUUUAAUUCGCUUUCAUCGUACUGAAGCCGCGGUUACGUGCGGGGUGUGCCUGAAGCUCUGUAAAACUUAUCAAGAUCUGGCCGACCAUCUGAAAGCCAUCCACGCCGCCAUUCUGACGUGCGAGGGCAACAACUUCACGUGCAAGAUCUGCGGUCGGUAUCACAAUGCGAGAAGCAAAUUACUAUUACAUACGAGUAUUCACAUUGGUAUGCCCGGCAACUACCGAUGCCAAAAGUGCCAGCAAGGUUUCAUGAGUGAGGAGAAGCUGAACGAGCACGCGGCCAGCUGCAACGGCAAGUCUGAGUUCAGGAAUCACGCGGAGGACGAUAACGCCGACAAGAAUGACGAUAACGACGAGAAGGGUAGUUUAAUCGCCGACGAGACAUCAGUGAUCGGCGAAGGCGACGAAGGCGACUUCGAAUCAGAGGCCGAGGGCAACGAGGACAUUCAUGAAGAGGACAGUAACAGCGAUGAUAAUUCGGAAGACAGCGACGACUCGGACAGCAGUAACAGUAGCUCCAGCGACGAGGACGGUGCGGGCGAAGAGGAGGAGGACGAGGAGGAGGAUGAAGAAGAUGAGGAGAAUGAGUCCGAGCCCGACACGAGGACCAACAGUCGAGCGACCGGUGACAUGUCGUGCAAUUCCGAGAGUGUCGACUCCGACUCAGAGAUGGAGAUAAGCGCGAUCGAAAAUAAGAGCGUAAGUGACGUCAACAGUUUCAGGAUACGCAGCAGCGGCGGCGGAGACACCAGCAUGUUGGGGCAGCCAUCAGUGGACAGGAGCGCGGAGAAUCCGAGAACCGAUCUCGCGUCCGUCGUCAACACGACGGUCGCGGGACAGACCAUGCAGAAUAAUAUGAGCAAGCUGCUGGGUUCUCGCGCGCCUGUAAACACGGAACAAUUUCAGGCAUUAUAUCUCGAGGAGUCCGCUAAAGUCGCGGCGAACAAUGUGGAUUUGUCCGAAGAUGACGAUGAGGAGAAUGAGGAGGACAACGAUGACGAUCACGAAAAUGAAAGUAACGAGGUAGGGGUGAAAGAAGAAGAAGAAGAGGAGGAGGAGGAGGAGGAGGAGGAGGAGGAGGAGGAGGAGGAGGAGGAGGAAGAAGAGGAAGAGGAGGAAGAGGAAGAGGAAGAAGAGGAAAGAAAAAGAGAAGAUGAGGAGGAGGAGGAGGAGGUAGACGACGAUGAGGAAGAGGUGGAGGCAGAAGAAGAGGGGGAGGAGGAGGAGGAGGAGGAGCAGGGGCAAGAACAAGAGAAUGAGGAUGAUGAUUACGGUGGUCCGCCUGUAUUAAGCCCGGUGAUGCCGCAAGAGAACGGCUCAGAGGAGGAGCACAGCGGCACGAUGGACCGCACGAGGCACGAGCUCAGUCCUAUGGUGCCGUUGAGUAUGCACGUGGACAGAGAUCUGAACGAAUGCGAGAUAACGGAGAUACAGAACGUAGACGGGGAGAACGUGGACGCUUCCUCGAUCUCGAAUGCGCCGAAUUUUUUUGCAGCGAAUAAUAAUAAUAUCCUGCGCGUGAUCUGGGACGAGGACUCGGACAAUGCGGCGGGCGAUGACGAUCGCGAGCGCGACUGCGAUUCGGACAUUGGCGGUAUGGAGGUGUUGGCCAGUAACGGACAGUUCUGCAAGAUGGAAACGAACGCGGAGAGCGACGACUUCGAGGAAGAUUCCAGCAUGAACGAGCAUGAGGAGAAUGCAACGGAGGACAAUGGUAGGGACGGGGACGGCCAAAUGCACUGCAAUCUGGACGGCACUGUGUUAAUGGUCGCUAAUGACUCGGAAGGUAAUCAGAUUUUGAUCGAGCAAAACGUCUUGACCAUUGAUAACGAGGACUCUAACGCUGAGGCGGCGCAGUACAUUUAUCCAGAGAGCGCGUAUGAGAUCGCGGAUUACGCGAGCUCACGGAACGAAAAUGAUGGCAUGCAGACGGACGAGAUGCAGGGUAUAUCUUAUAUUCAAGACGCGUCGGAGAACGAAGAGGAGAGCGUGGAAGAUGAUACCGGGGAGAACGAUGAUAACACGCGAAAGUAAGACACGAGUGCCAAAAUGAAAAGAGAUUUAGGACGUAUACAUAUGUAACUCUCUGUAACAUAUAAACAUAAGGUGUAAGAUAAUCGAUGCGCGAGAGAGCUAGUGUUGGCUGAAGCCACCAAAAAAACAUGUCAUAUGUACCUUGAAAAGCGAUACAAUAUUGUACAGUAUAAGUGUAAGGGAUAAUUGUAAACUUUUUGAUAGAAGAUACCGCGCGCGCGCGCACGUUCGAAAGGUGACGAUCCACACCUGGUGUGGUCGGAAACGUGACACCUUUUCGUUUUCAUUGAUCUGCUUUGGAGAGACCGUUUUAUCUUCACCGUAUACUUCACGCGUUAUCGACAAUGCGAGCUCCAAAAAAAGAAUGAAAAAGAAAAUACGCGAAUAAUUGUUCCGACAAGUUAAAAUGAGUAUUGUUAAUUGUUGAGUUAUCAACGACGAUUGUGUAUGUACUUUUCUGUAUAAUCAACACGUUAUACAGAUCAUUGUAAGAAAAAAAGAAGAAGAAAGAAACUUGCGAUUUGCGCUAUCUUUUUUAUGCUUCUGAUCUGAAGAAAGUAUUAAAGGCAAAAUUUGAUUAUGGGGUUUAUUGUUUAUUUACAUCGACAGCACUUUAUUGACAAUAAUACACCGAAUGACACAGUGCGCAUCGUUUUAAGCGCAGUACCAUCCAUUAGACAAUAGAACGCGAUCGUCAUGAACUAUUCAACUUAAUUGAUGACUAUACAUCCGCUGCAGCCGUAUUGCAUUAUUCUCUGUGUCCGGAAGGUAAUUUCAGGCAAAAUCGAGCUUCACAUAAUGUGUCCAAAUCCAAAUUGAUUCUUUCUCGCAAGGAAAAUCUGUUAGACUUAAGGAUACUUGGGAAAUUUUGCGUGAAAUUAUAAACCAGUAAUUUCCAAAAUAUUUCGAUUUGGAGCGUUAUACCAGUCAGUUCUGAGGAAAAAAGAGAAUGGAAGAAAAGAACUUUUAACAUAUCAGUUUGAAAGUUCUUUUUUUCUACUCACUACAUAAUUUAAGUGUUACAUUUAUCAUGCAUGAUAUGUAUGAAUCUUUUUCAUUGUAUUCGAGCAAUGAUUUUUUAAAACAGUUGUUUAAUAUCACGUUACACUUGUUGCUAUUACCGUGUGCGUGUAUUAUUUAUUAUGCAAAAGAUAAAACUUUGAUGAAAAAUUGAAAAUCUUUAGGUAAAAGUUUUCUUUUCAAAAAAGUUGUCCGUAUAAAUUCAUACAUUACAUUCAAAAAAACAUACGAUACAUUCGAAGAAACAUAUUUGAAUCCUUGUAUUACGGCAAACCAUUAUUUGCUGUUGAUUUUCUUAUAAAAUCGCGUUCUCAGGUCUGGCGCGUAUUCUGCCAGACUGUAUAAUUGUUGCCCAUGAACCGACAACAUCACCGCAUAAUUUAAAAACACACUAAAAGUAGCAGGAAAUUGUGACGAUUACAUUAAAAGAAAAGUAUUGUCGUGAAGUUUUAAUCAACGAAAAAAAAGAUGAAAUGCGUUAAUUCGAACGUCGCUAUUUGUAUGUCAUCACUCUCGACUAUUUCCACCUAUUAAAAUCUUUAAACUUAAUUUUCCGAUGUUUCUCUCUCUCUCUCUCUCUCUCUCUCUCACUCACUCACUCACUCACUCACUCACUCUCGUUCUCUCUUUCUCUCUUUGUGAAUUUUCUCGUUUUAAAGUAUUCAUUUUGUCAUUAUAAUGAAUAAUAUAACGAAACUCGAUGGAAUAACGAACUAUGCGCAAUUCAAAAGAAUCAUACGUAUUGUAAUGGAAGCAACCGAGUACCAUCCACAUUUUACGUUAAGACAGACUUAGCAUUCUACUAGAGUUCUUCUCUCUAGCGUUACGGAGAGACGAAGAACAAGUGAAAACCGUGCAUUCUCGAUAUAUUUUUAUGAAAAAGCAAAAGUUAAUGUAAAUAAUAACGUUAAAUGAUCAAUAUGUACAGUUAAUAAUAAUAGUGAUGUAAGCGUGUGUUUGUACGUGUACAUGGAUGUGCGCAUGGAUUGUGUGCAUGUAUCGUCGAAUGAUGCAGGAGACGCGACUGAAAAUACAUAACACAUAUAUAUAUAUAUACACAUUACAUGCCUACAUGUAUGCAUAUACACACACACACACACACACAUACAUACCACACACACACACAUAUGUAUAUGUAUAUAUGUACGUAUGUAGAUAUGUAUAUGUAUAUAUUGAAAGAAAGAAAACGUACCUCGAUUAUAAUAUUAACAAUUAGUUGAGUUUUUAGAACUAUUGUACGAUUGCUUUGUAUUAUAUUAAUUUAUCCCUCUCUCUUCUCUCUUUCGCUCUUGCAGACUUCUUUUCUCCUGUUCGGGCUAAGUACCGAACUAUUAUCAGCAACAGUAUAGGAUCGUAUUAUUAUGUUUGGCGAAUGAAAAAUGUUUUUUGCUAUAUAAUUUUGACAUUUUUAUGUAUGUAUAGUGAUGGAAAGAGUUAGAGAAGGAGACGGUGAACGCGUGCUUUGUCUCUGUUCAUUAUCGUCGUUUUCUAACAACUACGUCAGCGAUCUCGUCCCCUGCGAUCUUUUUUUUUUCUUAUUUAUUAUAUUCAUUCCAAAGUAAUCUGUAAGGUACGUUAGAUCAUACAACCGAUAUUUGCCAUUUGUAUUAUACGAUUGUAUAUCGACGAUCUAUCUAAAAUGUUGCGGAAGGAGGUUGGAAUUGGAGAAUAUUAUUUAGGAUAAACGAUUUUUAACACUG